GGACCAGGAUCAUCUACGAUCGGAAAUUCCUGAUGGAGUGUCGGAACUCACCUGUGGCCAAAACACCCCCGAGGGACUUGCCCACCAUUCCCGGAGUCACCAGUCCUGUCAGUGAUGAGCCACCCACAGAAGCCAGCCAGAACCACCUACGCAACAGCCCAGAAGAAAAGCGGGCAGGUGGUGAAGAGUCACAGUUUGAAAUGGACAUUUAAGGGACCAGUCAUUGGAUGGAGUGAUAUUUCUGGGCCCCUCAGGCCCUUCUCAGGAGGAGAGUCACACCAGCCAGGCCUUCUGAAAGUUACCUACUGGGCAGGCGUCGGGUGUGGGGUCGGCCACCCGGCCCUCCUCCUUUCUCACUCAGGGCACCUGCUCCCCUUUCCUCUUUGUGAACACCAGCACAUACCUCCUUGUGCCUCCAUUGAUGCAGGAGUUGCUACCCAGCCGGGAUUGACUCUCUUGCCCGCACCCUGCAGCCAAGGGCCAGGAAUUGGACAUGGAGGAGCUCUUCUGAAUGAUCAUCUGGUUCUUCCAGCCCCAUCUUCUGGGGCAUACCCUUCUUCUUAGGGUGGGGUACCUGGGAAAGCUCCCCUCCAUUUCCUUCCCCAAGAGAGGAAAUAAAAGCCAUUUUCACCCUGGGGUCAAGGUUUGGGCCCUGUCUGAGCUCUUUUCAACACCAAGUAAUAAUUAACACCAGCUGAUCUGUUCAGUGCUUAAAAUAUUCUUUCCUUCAUAUUAUCUCAUUUGAUCCAGUAGGUAAGUAGAACAAGCAUUGUCCUCAUUUGGAGCUGGGAAGACUGGCUCAAGAAAAGCCACAGCACAUGGGACUGGGUUUGAGCUCUGCUGCUCUCAAGCUCUUAUUUUUCAGUGGCAAGUGCUGCCUACCUCUGUCAAGUGAACGCAGUUACCUUCCAACCCAUUGGAGGCAAGUGUGAAAGCGUUCUAGCCUUGGCCAUUGUAGAGGCUCUAAUUCACACACACCUGAUCUUUGUUGAGUGGUCCUUUUGUGUGAGCUGCCCUGGGAGACACAAACAAGGCAAGCUGUCUGCCUUGAGAAUUUCAUUGAAAUGGAAGAUUUGCCCAUAAGAAAAGGUAGCAUAAAGCAGAUCAUAUAAGAGUGGUUACAAAUGAGUGGUUUGUG